AUGAGAACAGUACUUCCACUUAUGACACUAACCGACCAUGUUAUAGACCGCAUACGAGACCAACGAUACAAAGCCAAGAUGAGAAACGCACUGCGGCCACAUAAACUUCAGGUAGGUGACAGUGUUAUUGUGAAGCAGACGAAAGUCAGCAAGCUGACGCCGACAUUCAACCCUACACCUCUGAGAAUCACCGAGGUUCAAGACUCAAGAAUAACUGCAUGGGAGAUUAACGGCACGUGGACCAUCACGAGGGACGCGUCGUACUUUCGAAAGAUUGGAUCCGACACGUGUGCGGAUAACGAAGAUGACCAGGACGCAUCAGACGAGAGUGACGGAGAGAUGGAGAACGAAGAUAGGGGGAACCACUGGAGACGCCGGGUGAAAUCACUGAGAAAGUGCAGAGACCACGACGGACAACAUUGA